AAACAACUCCUACAUUAGCAAACUAAUCAAAUAGGUUUUCACAUCACAUUAGAAAAUUCUGUGUAUGUUUUUAAGUGUUAUAAUGCUUAUUCCUAUGCCCAUGUUAGUAGAAAAACAUAAUCUACUGUGAAAAGGAGAGACUGCUGAAUAAUCUCAAUCCUGUACAGAUAUGUCUUGGCAGCUUUGCUAUUGGUUCCCAGGUUAACCAAUCACAAACCGUCCAGAAUGACUUGUCACACAAAGUAGCACCUGUGAGUUUCCCACACUCAAACUGUUCCCCAUAUGGGCUUUCACUUUAAAUAUAUGCAAUGGGAUACGGGUGCUAGUCUACGAAAAACACUUCAAAUGUGAGUUAGAAACUGCAGAUCUACAAGAAGGUCUAGUGGAAUUACAAGCCAAACAUCUGGUCGCAGUCAAGUGUAUUGUAAUCUAAUAGCUCAUUGUUGAUUGAAAAUGGGUUUGCGUGGCACAGGCUUUCUUCUCCAGUGUUACCUGAUGUUGGCAGCAGCAAUGUAUUUUGAUCUCGGAGAAAAGGAGGAAAAGUGCAUCAUUGAGGAGAUCCCUGUAGACACGCUGGUGACUGGUUAUUUUUUGCUGGAGCCUUGGGACUUGAAGACUGCAACCCACUCCCCUCACUUUGGCGUCACUACAACAGUCAGAGACCCAAAUGCUGAGGUUCUGAUGUCCAAACGCUAUGGAAGGUCAGGUAAAUUCACCUUCACAGCUCAUGCCUCUGGUCAGCACUACCUUUGCUUCCAAACCAACUCCACAAAGUUUUCGGUCUUUGCUGGUGAAAGGCUGAAGCUACAUUUGGAUGUUCAAAUGGGUGAGCACUCAGUGGACCCCAACGCUGACAGAACCAAAAGCAACAUGGAGACUCUGGAGAACAGUCUCAGCCACCUCAUAGAGCAGAUGACGUACAUCACCCGGCAGCAGGAGUACCAACGGGAGAAGGAGGAGGUGUUCCGACAGGUCAGUGAAGACGCCAACAGUAAAGUGUUGUGGUGGGCCGUAGUGCAGACCUCUCUUCUGCUGUCAGUUGGGUUCUGGCAGAUGAAACGACUCAAAGACUUCUUUGUCGCCAAGAAACUGGUCUGAUGAUGAGCUGUGACCUGUCAAUGCUGUACCUCAUUGUUUAUAAUUUGAAUGCCCACACUCGUACAAGUGCACCUUCUGCAUGUUGUAAUAAGAAUGCUUCAGGCCAAGAACUUCAGGAUACAAGGUCUAAAAUUAUGAACAACUAAGAUGAUGAAUUAGGAAACUUGAAAUAUUGCUUUUAAAAUGCUGUUUGUGAAUCUUGUAGACACUGUUGCAAAAAACACCGAUUUUAUAGUUUAUAGUUUCCUCUAUGUCUAUCUCAGCAGAUAUUACCGCCUGAUUAAUAGAAAAUUAAAGCUAUUUUCAGCAGAAAUGUGUGUUUGUUUUUGGUAUUAUUUCUAAUCGUACAGUGUAUCUGCAUUUCAAAAUGUAUCCGGUGU